AUGGUUGACGAAACAAACGACCUGUUAAGCGAGUUGCAAAAUGCUUAUUGCCCACCGCUCGAUACUGCGCUUUUCAGCGCAAUCAUUUCCGAUUUCGAUCUUACGGACUCCGCGAGUCUAGACCAAUUGAAGGAUAUACUCGAUGCCUUGAAAGUCUCAGCAGAAGAGCAGCAAGAUCUACCAUUUGAUCCUUCAGGGACAGGCGGUCUAGCUUCGGCAGAAGCUAUUCAGACCGACGGUACCGCAUCGCGAAAUGAUACCAAUGGAUCGAGAGAAGAUACCGAUAUCACUUCAUUACAAUCCGACCUAUCAUCCAUUUGGAUCGGAAGCGAUGAUAGCAGGAAGAUUGGAACGGGAGGAUACACUGUUAGUCCUGAUGGGUCACUCAAUUUGACUGGCUUGACGGUUGAAGAAAAGUCAAUUUACUUAUCGGAAAUGUUUCCUUCGGUGACUCAAUACACCAUCAAACAUACAUUGACUAAAUGCGAUUAUGAUGUGGACCGUUCAAUGGAUGUUUUGUUGAAUUUAUCGUUCUUUGACAGUCAACCUAAUGUUGAUGAAGAUACAAUCGUCUCGAUACCCAAGGGUAUUGAAGGGUUCGCGUCAUCCAAUACCAAUGGAAAACGAAAAGGGAAGAACAAGAGAGCGAGAGCUAAGAAUUCGCCUACUUUCGCGAAUGAUGAAAACCUAAUGGCACCGUCUAGAGCUAGAUCUCCAACAAACAAAUGGGACGCUGCCAAGGAAGACCUGGAAUUUAUUCAUUCCCGAACCUCAUCAGUGCUCAAGAAGGAAACAGUGACUUCCACAUAUCACAAGAACCACGCGUCUUGCGCGAAAACCAUCGAAAACCUUGCUAUAUCUCACGCUCCGACGGUGGUCAGCGAAGAUGCCGUGAUUGCUUCACAGCUUGCUGAGCUUACCCAGGACUUUCCUAAUAUUCCAGCCACCACCUUGGAAGGCUUGCUCAUCAUAACAGGAAAGUCAGUAUCUGCUGCAAAUGAACUAGCUAGAGCCAUGAUCUUCCGGCCAGUACCUCAAUUGUCAGAUAUAAUCCGAAUCAAUGCGCCAGCCCCUGUCCUUGACGAGGAUGAAACGCCCAAGCGAAGUCCAAUCAUAAAUCCUAGAUUGACGUCUACUUAUGGCGUUGCGCAGAACAUGGCGGAUGCCCACUUUGUAGCAGGCUCGACGGCCUUCAACCAGGCAUCCAGUGCGUAUCGGCGCAGUAAGUCAGAUCGAUUGAUGGGUGGCGCAGCUGCAUACUACGCUUCUGUGGGUCGUGACCACCUCGAGAGAGCCAAAAGAGAGGCAUCCGCCGCUGCGGAUGCAUUCGUCAACUUGCAGUCGACGACGGAUAUACUCGAUUUACACGGAGUUAGCGUCCAGGACGCUGUGCGCAUUGCGAACAGUCGCGUAUGCCAAUGGUGGGAAGGCUUGGGAGAUGCAAGAUACACCAUAGGAGGUAUUUCUGGAAAGUCUUAUAAGAUUAUUACUGGCGCAGGCCGCCAUAGUCGUGAUGGGACAUCGCGUUUGGGCCCUGCAGUGGGCAAGAUGUUGGCUAGGGAAGGAUGGAAGGUGGAAGUAAGCGAGGGCGUACUCACUGUCACCGGCAAACGUCGGACAAACCUCAGCGAAAAAUUACAAAUCACCGACAGUCCAGACAGCUGCUUCAUGGCGUCAACGCACCUCGUCAAACCUCGGAUAACAACGUUCACAUCUACACUGGCACCUCGCAACCUAUUUAAUACUGCUUACCCACCCCUUCAAACCAUCUCUACCGGCCUACAACAACGCCCCGCAUUAUUAUCGAUCGAUCGCACGCGCCGAUUUCACGCCGGUGCUGGAAGACCUCAACUUCCCCCACCGACCAAGAAGAUUCUGAUGUCCGCAUCUUUCUUCUCUUUUCUCGGAUCGCUAUUCAGUUCUAGUGCCAGCGCAGAAAACAAUAUGACUUAUCCCGAUCAGCGAACGGAUGAAGAGUGGCGAGCAGUGCUUAGUCCAGAACAAUUCCGAGUCAUUCGUCAAAAAGGAACCGAACGCCCCGGCUCCGGUGAGUUCGAUUCACACUACCCCUCCAAAGGUGUCUACAAUUGCGCUGCCUGCGAUKCGCCGCUCUACACGGCAGACACCAAAUUCAAAUCCGGCUGUGGCUGGCCUGCAUAUUUCGAUUCCGUGCCUGGAGCGGUUACGCGACAUGUAGAUCGGGCGUUUGGCAUGGAGCGGACUGAGAUUGUUUGUAGCAACUGUGGAGGACAUUUGGGCCAUGUGUUUAAGGGAGAGGGAUUCCCGACGCCGACGGAUGAGAGGCAUUGUGUUAAUAGUGUCAGUUUGAAGUUCAGCGAAGAUGGGGCGGGCGCGAAGGGAGAUAAGCAGGAAUCUAAGGUCUAG